AGCUCCUGGCAGAUCCCAUCAGCAGCCGGUUGCCCCAGCAAGGCUGGAGAUGGCAGUUUCCCCCAACCCCUGCCUCUUGGCGUGUCUGCUCACGCUCAUGGUCCUGCAGCUGCCCACGCUGGAUUCAGCUCCCUUCCAUGUGACCGCACCUCAGGAGCCAGUGCUGGCCCGAGUGGGCUCAGAUGCGGAGCUGACCUGUCGCUUCUCCCCAAAUGCGAGCUCGGAGCCCAUGGAGCUGCGGUGGUUUCGACAGACUAGGUCGCCAGCCGUGCUUCUUUACCGGGCUGGCCAGGAGCAGGAGGACCAGCAGAUGGCCGAGUACCGCGGGAGGGCCACGCUGGUGACCGACGGGCUCCCGGACGGCCGCGCUACACUGCGGAUCCGGGGUGUCAGGGUCUCGGACCAGGGGGAGUACCGGUGCUUUUUCAGAGACAACGACAGCUCCGAGGAGGCCGCUGCGCAUCUCAAAGUGGCUGCUCUGGGCUCCGAUCCUCACAUCAGUAUGGGAGUUAAAGAGAAUGGACAAAUCCAACUGGAAUGCACCUCCUCGGGGUGGUUCCCAGAGCCAGAAGUGCAGUGGAGAGCUCCCUCGGGAGACAGAAUUCCAGUCACAGCAGAGUCCGGGAAUCGUGAUGAGGACGGCCUGUUCACUGUGGCAGCUUCAGUGAUCAUCACAGACAGCUCCAUAAAGAAUGUAUCCUGCUGCAUCCAGAAUCUCCUCCUUGGCCAGGAGAAGGAAGUAGAGAUCUCUGUACCAGCUCCCUUUGUGCCAAGGCUGACUCCUUGGAUAGUAGCUGUGGCUAUCGUCAUACUGGCCCUAGGAUUUCUCACCAUUGCGUCCAUAUUUUUCACUUGGAGACUAUACAAGGAAAGAGCCAGAGAGCGGAAGAGUGAAUUUGGCUCUAAAGAGAGACUUCUGGAAGAACUCAGAUGCAAAAAGACCGCACUGCAUGAAGUUGACGUGACUCUGGAUCCAGACACAGCCCACCCUCAUCUCUUUCUGUAUGAAGAUUCAAAAUCAGUUCGCUUGGAAGAUUCGCGUCAGAUCCUGCCUGAUAGACCAGAGAGAUUUGACUCCUGGCCCUGUGUGUUAGGCCGAGAGACCUUCACUUCAGGGAGACAUUACUGGGAGGUGGAGGUGGGAGACAGAACUGACUGGGCCAUUGGCGUGUGUAGGGAGGAUGUGGUGAAGAAAGGAUUUGACCCCAUGACUCCUGAUAAUGGGUUCUGGGCUGUGGAGUUAUAUGGAAACGGGUACUGGGCCCUCACCCCACUCCGGACCCCUCUCCGGUUAGCAGGACCUCCUCGCCGGGUUGGGGUUUUUCUGGACUAUGAAUCAGGAGACAUUUCCUUCUACAACAUGAGUGACGGGUCGCUUAUCUAUACGUUCCCCAGCACCUCUUUCUCUGGCCCCCUCCGCCCCUUCUUUUGCCUGUGGUCCUGCGGUAAAAAGCCCCUGACCAUCUGUCCAACUGCCAACGGGCCUGAGAAAAUCACGGUCAUUGCUGAGGUCCAGGACACCAUUCCCCUGUCCCCGCUAGGGGAAGGCCCUGCUUCUGGAGAAGCAGAUACCCUCCAUUCUAAACUGAUCCCUUUCUCACCUAGUCAAGCGGCACCUUAACGGCUGUUCCAGCUCCACCAUUUCCUUCCCUUUGACUACUUCCUCACUCUGAAGCUUCAGUUGCCAGUUUCCUGGGGUCCUCUUUCUUCCUGGGGUCCUCUUUCUUCCUGGGGUCCUGGGGGGUGGUGAUUAAUUCACCUGGGGAAGGUGUCUCUGCUAGCGAAGGCAGGAGAAAGGCUGUCCUAACGUGUUUCUGUGCCAAUAUCGGGGAGAUUGAGAGGUGAUUCCUAAUCUAUUUCUAGUGCCCAUAUCCCUUCAGAUCAGAGCCUACACAGGAGGACUUGGCAAACCACCCGAGGGACCAGGAGGUGAUUAGGUUGGCGUGAAAUUGUGGCGGCAACAUUUGGAAUAGGGAUAUGUGGGACCACAGAUUUUAGGCAAGAGAAAAACAAAACCAAAGCACAGCAUGCUGGGAAAGGAAAGAUCUUAGGCUAAAAAGCCCAUAAAGAAAUUUAGAGAAGACGUGACAGAAACAGAUGAAGGGAAUGUGGUCCAGUUAGGCAUGCUUGUCCUGUCCCUAGGGUUUUCAGGACUAGAUCUCAAAAUUUCUUAUCAAUUGAAUUUUUGGGCUGCUUCAUACACAUAUAUAAUGCAUUCUAGUUACUCCCACGCUCCCUCUGUUCUGUCUUACUUCCCUCCCCUUCCCUCAUCAAUGCCACACACUGAGUUUAACCAGGGCUGUCGUGGGACACAUGGGUUUGUAGUUACCCACUGAAGUUUGGUGGGCUCAAGAAGACAGGUAUGACUGAAUACAACGAUUUAUCCUCUCCCACAAUCUAUCAGCAUCCACUAGUUCAGCUGGGAAGGGUAGGGUCCCUAUCGUGGCUAACUGUUGACAGGGCCAGUUUUGUGCAGGCCUAAUUCUGGAAACUACGGUACCUGUGAGAUCAUGAUUGCAAGAGCCCAAAAGAGAGCGUUUCCCGGCCAUCUCCCUGUCCCCUGACUCCUAAGGUCUCUUGUCCUCUCUCUCAGGCUGUGUCUUGAACACUGUAUCUACAAUUUUCUAAGGCAUGUUCUGGAGGAUGGAGGAGACUGGCCCUGCCCGUUUGGAAGCAGAGCUGUGAGCAAGCCGGGCAGGGACAGAAAGGAGUGGAGCUGAGAAGGGCUAGAGAACAGACAGGGUUAUAACAGAAGGAAAGUUCCAGCAAACCCGCCAGGUUAUAUCUGCAUGUAACA